UGCCCCGACUUUCCGCCCUGGAAUGGGCUGGGCUUCGUUGGCCACUUCCAGUGUCCCGUGACUUUCGCAGGCAGCGGAGCUACAGCGGAAUCCCCGCUCGGCACCCGCAGUGAGAUUCUCCCUUCUUGUUCCUGUACUUCAUCGACAACAUGCCCGAGGGGCUGAUCACAUCCAGAACAGUCCAGAAUGCGACUACUGGAAUAGACCUGUCAGUCCCAGAGUACCAGGAGAUCCAUGGAAAAAUGAUGUCUGGCCAUGUGGAGUAUCAGAUUGUUGUUGUCACUCAUCUGGCUUCCUUCAAGAGCACAAAGCACAAACCAAAAGAUGUUAUCCAGUUUGUGGUAUCGAAGAAAUACAGUGAAAUUGAUGAGUUGUGUCAGAAGCUGAGCACCCGGUACUCAAAGGCAAAAAUACCUUCCAUGCCUAGGAAAGUUUUAUUUGUAGCUGAGACUGACAUAAAAGAAAGAAGAGUUGUUUUUGAUGAAAUCUUCAGAAGUAUUGCCAAGGACACAGUGUUGGCAUCUAGUCCUGAGUUGUUGGAGUUUUUAGGAGGAAAAACUAAAGAGCUUGGUGAUCUAAAGUACAAAACUGGAAGUGCUGCUGAUGAUUUGAAAGAUGAUGAUGGUGACUCAGGGGAUUUCUUCGGUCAAGAAACUUCUCAAGACACAGAGAUUUUAAGAGAAUCAAAAAACAUUCUGCCAAGUAUAGAGAAAUGUGAAGAAAUAUCUGAUCCUCUGGGUGUUACUCGGUAUAAAGUGAAGAGCACUGAGCCUUCUCAGCAGAAGAUGAAACACAAGUUUACUCUCUUUGAGGAGGUGGAUGCUGAUGCUGGACUUUUUGAACCAGUUAAAGGUUCAUCCACAACAGCUCUGAAGAAAUCCCCUUUUCAAGAAGCUGAUUGCAGGUUGUUUGAGGACCCCGACUUGGGCGGAUCUGUCCGAAGCAAUGACCCAUUAUUAAUUCCAUCUAACUGUGAGCUUAAAGGUGAUGCCAUAACUGUAAACCUUGAUGAAGACACCGAAGAAUUGUUGAGAGUUGAAGAUGACCUGGAUAAAAUACUGAACUUAAGUUCCAGUAAUAAGGCAAAACCAGCCAAGCCGACUGUGCCAGCGAAGCCAGCUGUACCAGCCAAGCCAACUGUGACCAAGAAGCCUGCCUGCCCCUCUGAAAUGAGGAGAACCAGUCCUGCAGCUGAAUCCAGUUCCUCAAAAAACACAGUGGCUGCCAUGAAUGAACUAGAUAUUCUGAAAUACAUUCAGGAGAAUGAGGCAUCAAGUACUGACUCACUAGAUCUGUUUUGAACAAAAUAUCUUUCAAUAAUGUAUCAAUUAUUUUUGGAAUAACCUGGUUAUCUACAUGAACUUAAAAUACAUUCAAAGUACUUUCGAUGAUAUUUUAUUGCAUUUAUGUGCAUUAAUAAAAAAACAUUUAAGUGAAGAUUGUGAUUUCCCUUUGAGGCAAACAUUCUUGAAAUCCAGAAAGCACUAAGUCAAAAGAACAAAAAGGGAUAUUUUGAUUCCUUCACGUGUGAAGGAGCUAACCCACUAAGUCCCUGUGUCAAAAAAAAAUCAAAAUCAAUAUAUCUGUAACAUACACAAAAUGCUGGAGGAACCCAGCAAGCCAGGCAGCAUCUGUGGAAAAGGGUAAACUGGAUGUUGUGGGCCGAGACUCUUCAUCAGGACUGGGGAAAAAAGAUGAGAAGCCAGAGCAAGAUGGUUGGGGAGGGGAGAAAGAAGUCCUAAGUGGUAGGUGAUAGCUGAAACUGGGAGAGGGGGUGGGGUGAAGUAAAGAGCUGGGAAGUUGAUUGGAGAAAGAAAUAACAGACUGGAGAAAGGGAAUCUGAUAGGAGAAGACAGAACACCAAGCAAGGGAAGGGAAGGGGGAGGAGCUCUGGAGGGAGGUGAUGGACAGGUAAGGAGAUGAGGUAAGAGAGGGAAAUGGGAAUGGGGGAAUGAGGUGAGCAGUCACUGAGAUAGAUGUUCAUGACAUCAAGCUUCUCAACAUAUCUGUAUUUUUUCAGUUUAUAAACAUGGCUGGUGAGUGCUGAAAAUAUUUAACACUUUUUAUGUUAGCCGUAGAUGUAGUUAGUAUUUGGGAAAAGAUAGACCUGGAUUGUAAAUAAAAUGGAAGAACAUUUUGUGUCAUGUGUAGGAAAUCUCAGGAGUGGAGUAUUCCAAUUAUCAAGGUCAUCCAGUGCAAUAUUCAUUAUUGCAAGUAGGAAUUCCCAAAUACCAUGAUUCCUUGGAAGUGAACCCCUUUUCACCAUUUCAGAUUGGGUGAUACCAGGACAUUUUUAUAGUUAAAUGCCUUGUUUUCUUACAGAUCAUUGACACUGGCAUACUUAUGCCAAUUCCUGUGUUAUUAAAUUAAUGCCUUAUACCCCAAGCACAUGUCCAUGAAGAUGCUGAGCAUCUUUCGAAAGAGAAACACCAUUAGUGAUUCAGCAGCACUCUUUGGAUUUUCUUUGAUUAAGGAUUUGUUUCCAUUUAGUUAUUGGGUGCACUUGCAUAAAUGUAUGUUUUUGGAUUAAAGUCUUUUGUAUUAUUGCCACAAACCAGUUCCUUUAAUUUGACAUGAAUCAGAUUCUGUCCUAGGUAUUCUUUCUAUAAGGGUUAUCAAUGUUAGAGGCACUUAUGCUCAGAGCAGUCCUUUAGUAGACUUCAUUGGUUUCCAUCCAUCUUAGUGUCAUCUUCUCCUCUGAUUAUGAAUCUCAGAAAUAUAAAAAAAUAUUGAAUAUCUGAUUCAAAUUAUCUGCUUGCCCCAAAACCCUAAAAAUACUUAUAAUUUUUAUUUCCAAUGACUUUGCAUAUUUCUUCCCACUCAACUCCCCUUGAAGUGUGUAUGUUGACAACCUAUUGAACUUUUCACAGCUGUAAGAACAGUGGGAAUGCUGCAACGAACUUAAAAAGGCUAUGCUGUUCAAGAUGUCAUUACCUGCACUAGUUUUAUUAAAUCUGGACGUGACCGCAUUGGGGAUGGAACCAGUCUGGGGCUCAAUGAAGGACUGGAAGAAAUAUAUUUACUGCAAUGGAUAGUCUUUAGGUUGUAUACCACUGAUACUGCCUUUAAUCACCAAAAUGUAUUUCUGCCCAUGGUAUGGGGUAUUUAUUGUAAUAUAGUUUCAACUGAAAUGAUAACAAUAAUUCUACAAACUUGGUGCAGUAAUGUGACCAUUCUUUCUAAAUUUAAAUGUACAGUAAUUGAAAGGCUUUUGGAAAUUAUGGAACUUGGUUUCAAGAAUUAGUUUGAAUUAGCAGAUAGUUUGCUUCGUGUGUAAAUCAGGAAUGUAACAAUAUUUGGAAUUGCUGAGCAGCAUUCCAGAUGUCUUGAUUGCCUUUCAAGGGUGGAAAGCAGAAGAGGUCCCCCUUUCAUCUCUGAUCUCUGGAGCAGGAGGAACCCAGUGGGUUGAGGGGCAUCUGUGGGAUGAAAAGAAUUGUUGGCUAUUCAGGUCCAAGCCCUGAAAUUUCCCGACAGCCCUGACGUAAGGUUUCGACCUGAAAUGUCAAAAAUUCCUUUAGUUCCACAGAUGCUACUCAACCAGUUGUGUUCCUCAAGCAGGUUCUUUGUUUUGCCAAAGAAUUCCAGCAUCUGCAGUUCAUUGUGUUCCCAUUGUUAUAGGUAUCUGAGUCACCUGAUCUUGGCCAGAUGCAGCAAAUGAUGGGAAAAGUGUAACUGCUGAUAUCAUCUGACUUUAGAAUGGGUGAGUUUUGCAAGAACUUCAUUUCCAUGUUCUCUCACUCUCCACUGCCUUUAGUCUCAUUAUCUCUUAUGUAAUAUUUUUUUUCUGUUUGCAUGAUUUUACAUUUUGGGUCAUUGCCUCAAUAAAAUUGUCUUACGAUAAGAGGUGUUACGGGUUAAGAAAAUGAAUCGCCUUAUCUCAUUCAAAAUUUGUAGUGAUUAUCAUUGAUAGCUAUAGUUUUAAGAUAUGAAUAUCAAAGUUCAAAGUACAUUUAUUAUCAAAGUACAUGUAUGUCAGCAUGUACAACCCUGAGAUUUGUUUUCUUGCAGGCAUACUCAGUAAAUCCAAGAAACAUAAUAGAAUCAAUGAAAGACUGCACCCAUCAGGCUGGACAAAGAAAUAAGAUGCAAAAGCCAACAGAUUAUGCAAAUACAAAAGAAAAAAAAAGAAAUCAUAAUAAAUAAUUAAGCAAUAAAUAUUGAGAGCAUGAGAAAGAGGGUCCUUAAAAGUGAGUAUGUUAGUUGUGGGAACAGUUAUGUGAUGGGGCAAGUGAAGUUUUCCCCACUGGUUCAACAGCCUGAUGGUUGAAGGGUAAUAAUUGUUCCGGACUCUGGUAUUGUGGGUUCUGAUGCAGUAGCUUCCUGAUCGUAGCACUGUGAAGAGAGCGUGGUCUUGUGUAGUAGGGGGUUCUUGUUGGACACUGCCUUCUGCACAGCACUUAGAGUAGAUGUGCUCAAUGGUGGGAAGGGCUUUAUCCAUGACGGAUCCUCUACUUCUUGCAGGGUUUAACAUUCAAGUGGCUGAUACAGCCCGUCAAUAUUCUCUCCACCACACAUCUCUAGAAGUUUGUCAAAGUUUUAGAUGGAACGCCAAAUCUUUGCAAACUUUGAAGGAAGUAGAGGUGCAGCUGUGCUUUUUUCAUGAUGCGCUUACUUGCUGGACCCAGGAGAGAUCCUCUGAAAUGAUAACACCGAGGAAUUUAAAGCUGCUCUCACCCUCCACCUCUGAUAGCUCAGUGAUGAUAAACAUUGACCUUUAGAAUAUGAUGUGGCAACUAAGCUCCUGCUAUUCCAACCACAAACACAAAAGUCAAGUUACUCAACUAAUUUAUCACUGGGCUUUUCUUAAAUUGCUGUUAUAUUUAAUGAAUUUUUAAAAAUUCACUACAAUUGGUAAGCUAUAUCAUCGUAGUCCUUCCUAUUUCACCACGUGUGUCCCAUUUUGCACAACAAAAUGCAUUGGGAAAAGAAAACAAUUUAUGUUGAUAAGUCCAAGAAGGAGUAUUUCUUAUUCUAAGGCUAGACUGAAGAAGCUAGGAUUGUUCUCUUGUGAGCAGAGAUAUGGAGAAGAAUUGAUAGAGGUAUACAAGAUAAUACCUGAUUUGGCUAGGGUAAAAAAAGGUGUUCCCAUAAGCAAAUAAUUUAAGAAGGAGAAGACGUACAUUUAAAAUAUUGGGCUCAAGAGGAAAUCCAUUUUUACUUUCACUGUGAAUGACUUAUUCCUUGCAAGGAUAUUAGAAACAAAAUCAGUUAGUACUUUCAUUAGGGAUUGGAAAUGACACUUGCAAUUUGCAUUUGGAGAAUGAGACUGAAAGGAUUGCUCACUUGGGAACCAAAGCAGAUUCAUUGAGAAAAAAGGCCACCUUCUAUAUUGUAAUUAUUCUGUGCUUCUAAAAACUGCUAACUGGGCAUUAUGGAAAAUUCGGUGGCAGGAAAUUUUGGCUUUAUCUUUCUUUUGGUGCAGAAUUCCCUUCUUUCUCCAACCACAUGGGUGAAGUCACAGGUGGUAUGGCAAUUCUGCAUUCACAUAAAAAUUCAUAAUGUGUGAGUAUAGCCAGAGAUGAUAGAAAGACAUGCAAAAUAAGUAUAUCCUGUUACUUAUUUUCUAGCCAUAACAGGAGGUUGUUUGAGAAUGCUUGACUUUCAUCAAUAGAGGGAGACAGAAACUAGUACAAUGCCAGUAGUUGGCAAAAAAUAAAGUAUGUACACCCAGAAAAUAUACUUCCGAUAAUUGGUUAGUUUUGUUAGGGACACUUUUUAUUACAUCUGCUGCUAGUCUUGGAAAGCUUAGUGGCAGUUUGAAUGCAGUAAAUCAGUCACUGAAGUAGUUGUUCAAUAUGGUUUUAAAAUAUUUCCAAUUGCUGAUCAUCAGUGGAAAGGUUUAGGCUUCAUUUCAAUUGAUUCUGAUUCUGAUUCUGAUUAAAUGUGCACUGCCCAUUUAUGUUGGGUGUCUAGGUACCAAGAAUGUGAUUAUGUUUCUCUUCCAUGAAUGUUUUUAUUGUACUAACAUCUAAUAUUGAAUGUAGAGUUCAAGUUAGCAGAAUGCUGCUGCUGGGUUAACAGAUUUCACGUCACACGCCGGUGAUAAUAAACCUGAUUCUAAUUCUGAUUCUAAAAGCUAUAUUUUUCAUGGGUUGUGAAGAAAGUAAAAGUUAACAUAUUCUGUACCUAUCCCAUAAAAUAUGUCAUUGACAAAGUUUGUUUUUAAAUAAGAACUAUUAUCAGAAUGUGAAUGGAUACAAAACUCACAACAGAUAUUUGGCCGUCUUCUCUGAUGUUAAGUGUACGUGGGAUACACAACUUGGUAUUUCUUCAUAUGGGUACUCUUCCUGAAGUAUUAUGACUCUGGGAGAAUUAUAAAUCAUCUGUUGGAAGAAUAAGAACAGAAAUUUCAUUCAAGAGGCUUUAUAACACUUUAUUUUUCAACUACUACCUUGCUACUUUCUUCAGCAGUAUAUGGAACAGUAAAUGAGUCACUUAUACCCACCAUGAUUCAGCCCGUACUGGACUGUUCCAGUUCGGCCCAGCACAUAAAUCAAACAUCAGGUCUCUCCUCACUCUCAAGGAUGCCUCAACUCUGCCUCAGCUCUGCUUCGAACCUGCCUACACCUCUGCUUCCCUCAAAUCUGUCUUGUCUCCGUCCCCUUCGCCACUCACCUUGCCUCACCUCAGCUUGCCUCUUCAUUGUUAACAGUGAUCAUUAUUAAUAAUUAUUGAUAAUUAUUAAUGCAAAAGUCACUAGAUGGUUGCUAUACACGAAUGCUCCGGAUGGCUCUUGACACGAGUUGGCAACAGCACAUGACCAACGUCAAGCUCAAUGACGACCCAUCGAUGCUCACUACUAAAAUCGAGGCAAGAAGACUCAACUAGUGGGGGGGGCACUGUCUACACCACCCUGAGCUACCUGCCAGCCUAGUCAUCACAAGGGAGCCCAAGCAUGGAAGGAUGAACCCUGGGCACCCUCCCAAGACUAUGGUCAAUACACUCCUUGAAGAUAGCGGCACGGCUAAUAUAGAUGAACUGAGGGAGAGGGAGGAGUGGAGAGACCAUCAUUGUGCCAGAUGCUGGCUCCCUAGGCCUGAGUCGACUUAUGAAAGAAAGAUUAUUAAUAAAGUGCUAUUAAUUCUGUGUCCAGCAUCAAGUGCCAUUACAAAGAAAUCAUGACAACGACUCUACUUUCUUAGAAGUUUGCAAAGAUUUGGCAUGUCAUUUGAAACUUUGGCAAACUUGUAUAGAUGUGAGGUGAAGAGUAUAUUGACUGUUUGCACCAUGGUAUGGUAAAGGAGCACCAAUGUUCUAGAAUAGAAAGCCUACAAAAAGUAAUGGAUAUAGCCCAGUCCAUUAUGGGUAAAGGCCUUCCUGCCAUUGAGCACAUCUACACGGUGUGCUGUUGCGGGAUAUCAGGAUCCAUCAUCAACGACAUACAUCAACCAGGAUGUGCUCUCUUCUUACUACUGCCAUCAUGAAGGAGCCUCAGGACCCACAACCUCAGGACCAGGUUCAGGAACAGUUACUACCCCUCAGCCAUCAGGCUCUUGAAACGGGAUAACUUCAUUCAACAUUAACUGCCCUAACAUUAAAAUUUUCCCACAACCUAUAGACUCACUUUUAAGGACUCGUCAUCUCAUGUUCUUGAUGUCUAUUGCUUAUUUUUUUUAUUAUUUCAUUUUGUAUUUGCACAAUUUGUCUUUUGCACACUGGUUGAAAACUUAAGUUACUCUGGUCUUUCAUUGAUUCUAUUACAAUUGUUAAUCUGUUAUGAAUCGAUUAAGUAUGCUGCAAGAAGGGUUAUAUAUGGUGACAAUAAAGUAUUUUGAUAAUAAAUUUACUUCGAUCUUUGAUCUUUACCUAACUUCACUCACUCCAAAAUGGAGCUGUUCCCACAACCUAUGGACUCACUUUCAAGGACUCUUCAUCUUAUGUUCUCAAUAUUUAUUGCUUGUUUAUUAUUAUUUUUUUCUCUCUUUGUAUUUGAAGUUUGUUGUCUUUUGCACAUUCCUUGAUGGCCCAUCUUGUGUACAGUUUUUCAUUUAUUCUAUUGUUUUUCUUUGAAUUUACUGUGAAUGUUCACAAGAAAAUGCAUCUCAUGGUUGUAUAUGGUGACGAACUGUGUACGUAGUUUGGUAAUAAAGUUGCUUUGAACUUUGAAGGGAACAGAGCAACAGAUACAAAUGCAUUCUCUCACACAUUGCACGAGUUCCUUGCGAUCCAGUGAAUUGGGUUCAAUCCUGACCUUGGAUGCUCUCUUUACAGUUUGCAUGUUCUUACUGUAACUAAAAAUUCCAGUUUCUUUCGAUUUCCUUCUGUGCUGUAAUAUGGGAGGAAAAUUUCCAGCAUAUCUGUAACAAACUAUGGAAAGAUUUCAUGUCCCUUUCUCAGCAGAACAAUGACAGUAAGUGAAGUCUUGUCUGAAAAAAAAAGCAUAGAUUUUCAGAAGCAUCCCUUUCGUAAUGUGAAUUAUGUCUCUUUAUAUUAUUUAAUUUGCAUGAAACCCAGUUUAUAAUUUUCUGGUACUGGUUAUCA